CCCAGCUGAGGUGCCCUGCAGCCCUGUAGCUGCUCUGCGGCGGCGCCUGGAGAGGAGGAGUGGGUGGUGCAGGGCAGGGGUGGUAUAUCCAGUUUGACCGAGGGCGGGCCUCACCAGUGCCAGCGGAGGGACGAGCCAGGGUGGAGGCGCAGGAGCAGCAGCCAGGACCCUCACGCGGACCCUGCACUCACUCUAUGGCCAUAGGGAGCCACUGAGCGUGAGAAGAACACUCUCCCUGCUGCACUGCACUGCCUCUGCUCACCAGGCCCAGCCACCACCAUCAUGAACCACUCACCACUCAAGACUGCACUGGCCUACGAAUGCUUCCAGGACCAGGACAACUCCACGUUGGCACUGCCCUCGGACCAGAAGAUGAAGACGGGCACAUCGGGCCGGCAGCGUGUGCAGGAGCAGGUGAUGAUGACUGUCAAGAGGCAGAAGGCCAAGUCCUUCCAGUCAUCCACUCUCAGCCACUCCAACCGAGGUUCCAUGUAUGAUGGCUUAGCUGACAAUUACAACAACUAUGGGACCACCAGCCGGAGCAGCUACUACUCCAAGUUCCAGGCGGGGAAUGGCUCCUGGGGGUACCCGAUCUACAACGGGACACUCAAGCGGGAGCCUGACAACCGGCGCUUCAGCUCCUACAGUCAGAUGGAGAACUGGAGCCGCCACUACCCACGUGGCACCUGCACCCCGGCAGGCGCGGGCAGCGACCUCUGCUUCAUGCAGAAGAUAAAGGCCAGCCGCAGUGAGCCUGACCUCUACUGUGACCCACGGGGCACCCUGCGCAAGGGCACGCUGACCAGCAAGGGCCACAAGACCACCCAGAACCGCUACAGCUUCUACAGCACCUGUAGUGGCCAGAAGGCAACCAAGAAGUGCCAGGCACGCCCCCCGUCCUGCACCUCCAAGCAGGAUCCUGUGUACGUCCCGCCCCUCACCUGUAACAAGGACCUGUCCUUUGGCCACUCCAGGGCCAGCUCCAAGAUCUGCAGCGAGGACAUUGAGUGCAGUGGGCUGACCAUCCCCAAGGCUGUGCAGUACCUGAGCUCCCAGGAUGAGAAGUUGCAGGCCAUCGGGGCCUACUACAUCCAGCACACCUGCUUCCAGGAUGAGUCAGCCAAGCAGCAGGUCUAUCAGCUGAGCGGCAUCUGCAAGCUGGUGGACCUCCUCCGCAGCCCCAACCAGAACGUGCAGCAGGCGGCAGCGGGUGCCCUGCGGAACCUUGUCUUCCGGAGCACCACCAACAAGCUGGAGACACGGCGGCAGAACGGGAUCCGCGAGGCCGUCAGCCUGCUACGGAGAACCAGCAGCACCGAGAUCCAGAAGCAGCUGACUGGGCUGCUCUGGAACCUGUCUUCCACUGAUGAGCUGAAGGCAGAGCUCAUCUCAGAUGCCCUGCCUGUCCUGGCUGACCGGGUCAUCAUCCCCUUCUCUGGCUGGUGUGAUGGCAACAGUAACCUGGCCCGGGAGGUGGUGGACCCUGAGGUCUUCUUCAACGCCACUGGCUGCUUGAGGAACCUGAGCUCUGCAGAUGUGGGUCGCCAGACCAUGCGCAACUACACGGGACUCAUUGACUCCCUCAUGGCCUAUGUUCAGAACUGUGUGGCAGCCAGCCGCUGUGAUGACAAGUCGGUAGAGAACUGCAUGUGUGUCCUGCACAACCUCUCGUACCGCCUGGACGCCGAGGUGCCCACCCGCUACCGCCAGCUGGAGUACAACGCCCGCAACGCCUACACGGAGAAGUCCUCCACUGGCUGUUUCAGCAACAAGAGUGACAAGAUGAUGAACAACAACUACGACUGUCCCCUCCCCGAGGAGGAGACCAACCCCAAGGGCAGCAGCUGGCUAUACCAUUCAGAUGCCAUCCGCACCUACCUGAACCUCAUGGGCAAGAGCAAGAAAGAUGCCACCCUGGAGGCCUGUGCGGGCGCCCUGCAGAACCUGACAGCCAGCAAGGGACUGAUGUCCAGCGGCAUGAGCCAGCUGAUCGGGCUGAAGGAGAAGGGCCUGCCCCAGAUAGCGCGCCUGCUGCAGUCCGGCAACUCUGACGUGGUUCGGUCCGGAGCCUCCCUCCUGAGCAACAUGUCCCGCCACCCCGUGCUGCACAGAGUGAUGGGGAACCAGGUGUUCCCAGAGGUGACCCGGCUCCUCACCAGCCACACCGGCAACACCAGCAACUCGGAAGACAUCCUGUCCUCGGCCUGCUACACUGUCAGGAACCUGAUGGCCUCCCAGCCUCAGGUGGCCAAGCAGCACUUCUCCAGCAGCAUGAUCAACAACGUCCUCAACCUGUGCCGCAGCAGCACCUCACCCAAGGCAGCAGAAGCUGCCCGCCUCCUCCUGUCUGAUAUGUGGUCUAUCAAGGAGCUGCAGGGUCUCCUCAGACAGCAAGGCUUCGACAGGAGCAUGCUAGGACCCUUAGCUGGGCCCAACAGCUUCCGGAACUUCACCUCCCGAUUCUAAGAAGAGGCCACACCGCAAGUUUCACUUGCAGACCCGAUGUGGCCCAGUGGAGGAGACCUCAGACCUUGCUGGGGGCUAUAGUGUCCACCUUGUGCAGUAUUUGGACAAGUUCCAGCACACCUGAGAGCGACUCUCAAAACUGCAGCUGAUGGAAAUAUUUUUAGAUUCUUCUAUUUUUCGGGGGGGCGGGGGAGACUGGCAGGCAAUUGGGAGGUGGGGGGGAACCUUUCUUGAGUUAAAGGGGCUUGUGUCUGAUGUCAAUACUUCUUUCGCUGAUAUAUGGAAUAUAUAUAUAUAGUGUAUAGCAGACAUGUGAGUGUGUGUGUGUGUGUGUGUGUGUGUGUGUGUGUAUGUGUGUGUGUGUGUGUGUGUGUGUGUGCGCGCAUGUGCACAGCGUGCCUGAGGAAGUGGCCUCAAACUGAACAGAGUGAGUGAAUGGCUUCACUGCAGCUUGUCAGCUGAGGAAGAAGGCUCUUCCCUGUCUCUUCCUCAGAAGCAAGUGUGAUGUGUGCUUUUUGUGUAGCUAAGGAUGUAUUUUGUGGGGCAGGGGGGGCCUGGCUGGGAAAGGCCCAGAAGAAGUCCUGAGAGGUUCCAGGCUGCUACCUGCCAGGGGACAAGGCAGGAGGGGAAGCAGCAGGUACCAGAGCUAAGAUUCCCCCAAAGAUGUAGCUUUGUAAGAAGGGAGGCCAAUAGGCAUUGAGGCUCAGUAUAUCUCAUGGGAAAACCCCAUUGUCUAAAAACACUGCCAUUCCCACUGUGCCCUGGGGCUGGGAGUGGGCAGGGUAUGGAGGCUUAUAGAGGGACAAGAACAGGGUCAUGCCUGUUUUGCUAGAUUCAGCCUGAGAGAGGGGACCCCAGUCUCCUUUGUACCCCUCAGAGCAGGCUUAGCCUACAAAGUGUGUGUGAGCUGUUUGCUGCAGGAGAGAGAAGACAAUGACCCAAAACCAGGAAGACACUGCCCCAGGUUUACUGAGACAGUGUUGGGGCUCCAGGAGAUUUGGGUGGAGGGAAGGGACUAGAGAUGGAGUUGGGAAGGGAUGUAUGAGCUCAGGGUACCAAAAAGCCUGAGGCCCUGCCAGAGGCCAGGGAGGUGAUCUGAGAGGCCAGAGCCCAGCUGAGAAGCCAGCAAACUAUAAGGGGGCAGAAUGUGGGGGUCCCUCCUGAGCCAGGACUAGCACAGGCAUGAUUAGGAAGUCACCACCUGAAAGGAAGGCACCCCUCUAUCUUCCUUCCUCCUUGGCCUCCCCAACCCCCUCUCCCCCCGCCCAAACACACACACACAUACACACACGCACACAUUCCUUAGUCCAGCAACCACAAACCACCUUUCUGGACUCAGGCUAUAUCUGUCACAUUAAAACCUCUGAGGACAGGGUGGCACUUGCCUCUGGGGCUUUGCUGAGGGUCAGUGACAUCCCCUCCUCUUCAUUCUUCACACAUAACCCCACCUUCUAGGCUCAUAUAUGAGCCAGGUGCCACCAGACUGUCUCACAUGUAGAAUCCAAGAUGACUCUAGGCCCAGUGCAAUCCGUUUCUUUAACAGACACGUACCAGGCAAGGGAGAGGACAGCCGUCGUCCAGUCAGGCCUACUAUGAGGAAGCAGUGACCAUUCCAGCGCUACCCUGACUUCCAGCUCCCACUUUCUGUCCCUCCCUGGGUAAGGAGCCCCUAUGCUGUGGGAUUGGGCAACUUUGCCCACCCCAGGUGGCCAAGCCUGAGAGCUAUGAUGCCAGGCCUAGCUUUAGUCGCCUUGCUCCAGACAGCCAACUGGGCACGUCACCCAGCCAUCUAUCCAUGCCUGGACUUUUGGAAAAGGUGAAAAUUGAGGGGGACUUGAGCUGAAUUUCUUAGAGAUAAAGAUAAUACCCCAACCUAAUGCUCUGACUGGGGCCUGGUGUGGUCAGGCACAGACACCCAGUCUCCCCUGCCCCUGGUCUGGCCCCAGAACCCUGAUGACAGGGCCAGUUGCCACUAUAGACUAAGAGCAGCACCCACACUUCUCCCAGGCCUUGAGGUGCAGGGGUGCUCUCUCUUGUCAGCCUGACUGAGACGUGGCAUGGCGGGGGGGGGGCGGUGGGGGGAGGACUGUAAAGGGGCAGAGGCCCAGGCAGCUAUGAGCUCUCCUCGCCCAGUGCUGUGUAAGAACCUUGUGCUGGCCCUGCCCAGCUUCCCUGUGUGACAUGCUAUGUAUUUGCUUUUCUGGUAAUAGAGGAAAUCAAUAAAUUACUGGCGUUUCUUUGAA